CGGCACAGCGGCCAAGGCCACAAUCAAUUCGAUCAUGACAGACCCAACCUUUGGCGGAUACCACGCCUUGAUCGGCGACACAUUCUAUGCCGCUGACUCUGCCAUGGAGGCAGUGUUUGCUUCGUCCUAUGCGAUUCCUUACUGUUCGCAUGCCUAUAUUGGCGCGAUGACUCCUGCAAUGAAGGCGGACAGAAUGACGUUCUUCCGAACAGUCGUAGAUCCUGGCACUUCCUUCUCCAGUAUCGCGGAUUACAUCUAUCAGAUGGGUUGGUCAAAGAUCGGCAUAUUUUCAUCGCAAAGUGUUGAAGGCGACACAGGCAGUCAGGACGGGUUUGUCGCCCGCGCCGAACGGCUCAAUAUCUCGAUCCUGCAGUGGUCCGCAUUCAGCAACCCCCAUCCCAGCCAGUGGACCAAUACAUCGAGCCCUCCCCUUGGCGAUUGGGACCUCCCAAUAUCCAAUAUGAAGCAAUCCAAGGCCCGAAUCCUAGUAGCGUUUGGAAACUCUGUCGAGCUCUCUGUGCUGUGGAUCAAGGCCAUGCAACAAGGCUUGACUGGCUCUGCUUACGUCUGGAUUGUUUCAAACCGAGUUGGCAGCUACUCUGAGAUGAACAUCUUCAAUCAGACGUACAAGCUUGGCUCCAACGUUACUUUCAGCCCCGCCAACCUUGAUCCGUUCCUUUCUCUAUCGACGCCAAUAACCGAUACAAGCGCGCGAGACAAUCUGUGGCUCAAGUGGGCUCUUGCGACCAACUGGUUCUCCACAUUCGCAUACCGCGAUUCUAGUCCGCCUUUGUUUGACUGCAUCAAGUCUAUCGCCCUUGGAUUCAACAGGCUCCUCUAUGACCCCGCCUAUCAGCAAUACAACAUCACGCUGAGCGAUAUCAUCAACAGACGAAUCGAUCGCCGUCUGCUUUCACCGUCUCUUUUCUCGAUCGGAGUUCCUGGUGCUCGUCCUGGCACCUUAACCUAUGACAGCGAGAGUGUGCAUUCUGACAAGUCGUGUGGUCUGGGAAAUCCGAUGAUGAGGAUCAGCCAGACUCAUACUGCUUUGUUUCAUGUCCAACGCAGCAUGUACUACGUCAAGAUCGACAACUCCGAUCGCACUUGCGGUGUCAUGAACACGCAAGUGAGCGUGUGCAUGCCAUUUAAUAUCACGGCCGUCGCCACUGUGUUCACCAACACCUCAAUCAGCCCGCAAAUCAACAUUACCACCUACAAGCAAACGGUUCAAAACAGCACCCGCACCUUGAAUCUGGUGACCGACUACCCGCUCAGCGUGGCUCUCAAUGGCACCUGGGACCAGACGAAGAGCGUCUCGACUGCAGCCAUCGUGUUGAUGUGCAUAUCGGGCGCCUUGCUGAUCAAAGUCAUUAUCUGGCAAAAACAUCAAAUCAUCACCAGCAUAGGGCGCAGUUAUUCCAUGAUGAUGCUACUUGGCUGCAUCCUUGGGUGCGGAUGCACAUUUGUGUUUGGUGGCAUUCCCACAACAUCGCUGUGCAUCGCGCGGAUCUACCUUCCUUCGAUUGCGAUUGGAUUUAUCGCGAGCCUCACCUUGUCAAGGUUGCAUCAGGUUUUCAUGACGCAAAAUGCGCCACGAGCUGGCAAGAUCACAAUGGUCUUCCGGGACCAUCUCAAGUACAUUGUUCCCGCCUUGGUGGUUGAGCUGAUUAUCUGCACGGCCUUCGUGGUCGACAGAAAGCCUGGGCCCUACAACCACGCGAUCGAUGACUAUACCCACUACGUUAUCUGUGCCUCCAGCAAUCCCUCGACCGACAACUCAUAUUACGGAAUCCUGGUUGCAUACAAUAUCUUCCUCGAGCUCCUGGCCAUCGGGUUCGCUCUACGUACGAAGCAAUCCAAGAGCCUGGGGUACAUGUGGCUGAAAGUAUCCACUUUCAACAACUUGAUUAUCACGAUUGUAUUCCUUGGACUCAUAACUGCUCCAUCCAUGUUCCAGCUGCAAUAUGCGCUGCGAUCAUCAGGAAUACUGGUUCUCAGUGCUACGGCGCUCUUGCCCCUCGUUCCGAUCAUCAUGGGCUUCUUGAGGUUCACGAUCUACAAACGUGAAGUCUCGGAGUCGCAGAAGCACCUCAGCCUCGCCUAUACCUCGACUGUUCAGACUGGUAUAUCGGCCUUAUCGUCCCCCAAGGCAAACGAAAACACCAUGGCGCUCAAAGUCUUGCUUGGUGUCGAAGUCUGGCGCUGCGUGCCCUCUCUCGAUAAUGUCGAGUGGAUGAACGUUGGAGACUUUGCUGUAUGGAUGAGCACCGGGCAGUUUGUACUUGUCUCUGAACAGUCUCGUCAUCUGGAAGAGCCCAUCAUCCUCCAUAACAAGAACAUCGUGAUCGAGUUUGAUGAGGCAUCGGGCAUCCACAAGUUCUACAUCGUGCGAGUGCUUGCGGCGGAGGCGAGCUACUGCCUCAAGAUGGAGAAUACCGAUGCCGUGGCAUCGCUCUAUGAUUUUUGUGCCAGCCUUGGACCGACCGUCGAGGUCAAGGGCAACCCUCUUGGAGAGAACUGAAGACAUGUCCUUGAGCGUUCAGACAGGGAGUCCUUCGGAUUUGGGCACCGUAACCAUUAUGACUCGAUGAUCGCGGUUGCAUCGGAACAAUGGCCUUUCUUUGCAUUGGUAUAUUGCUCUUCCACCUCAAUACAAAACAGCGAUGCAUACAA